AUGCCAAUCCCAUCUUUUAAAGCUUUCACUCUCGCAUUAAUUCAGCUUGGACAAGUCGGAUCCAACAAAGUAGAGAAUCUGCUACAUGCUCGCGAGAUGAUUCUUAAAGCUGCCACCGGGCAAGGACACACCAAAAAACCUGAUCUAAUCGUAUUGCCUGAAUGCUUCAAUUCGCCCUAUGGACAUACACACUUCCCAGUCUACGCGGAGAACAUAGGAUAUGUACCAGGGACUGCGUACGAUGCCGCCAACAGUUCGAGCGAAAGUGUGAAGAUGCUUUCUUCGGUAGCGAAAGAGCUGAAGACGUGGUUGAUUGGAGGUUCGAUCCCAGAACGAGAUGCUACAGACGAUAAGAUCUAUAAUACCUGUACUGUAUACAAUCCUAAUGGCGAUCUUGUCGCAAUGCAUCGCAAAGUCCAUCUUUUCGAUAUUGACAUUCCAGGAAAGAUCAAAUUCAAGGAGAGCGAGACGCUGACGGGAGGCACAACGCUCAACCACUUUGAUACAGAAUUUGCCAGAAUCGGGCUCGGAAUAUGUUAUGACAUCCGCUUCCCAGAAAUGGCGAUGAUUGCGGCACGAAAAGGCUGCCAUGUACUGAUUUACCCGGGCGCUUUCAAUCUGACAACUGGUCCACUGCACUGGGAACUCUUGCAGCGCAGCAGAGCCAUUGAUAACCAGGUGUUUAUGUCUAUGUGCAGUCCUGCUCGAGACAUGACUGCUGGAUAUCAUGCGUGGGGACACUCAAUGGUUGUGGACCCGAUGGGAGCGAAGCUGUGCGAAGCACAGGAAGGCGAAGAAAUCGUGUAUGCAGACAUCAUGCCCGAGGUGCUGAAGGAGACACGGGCAGGAAUACCAGUGACGGUGCAGCGGCGAUUUGAUGUGUACAAGGAUGUAAGUGCGGAUUGA